GGGCUGGAGCUCGGCCGCAUUCGGGGCCGCCUGCGCUCAUCAAACGAACACACAGUGAGGCAGAGCUGGACUGGAAAUAUACUUUAUGCCGCAAUAUGCGUGAAUUUCUAAAAUAAACCUGGGGUUGUCGAAGCCCUUCUGAAGCAGGUCUGGAUCAGUACCGUCUCCGCGGGCCCUGAGUGGGCUGGCACGACCCCUCCUGAACACCCCCGAGCGUCAGACGGGCAUCGGGGACCCUGUUACAUGCCGGCGUUUUUUGUUUUCUUUGAUUUCCCCCUUUAGGUUUAGCUUUCUUCUUUCCCCCUGGAAGCUCUUUGGUUGAUCGGGAAGAGCAGAGGAGAUUUUCCCCCUAGUGUGGCAGCCGGGCUGCUCCUGCACACACAGAUGAAUGAAGACCCCAUUCGGGAAGAACGCGGCCCAGAGACCCAGAGCUGAUGCAGGGCAUCCUGGCGUCUCUGCAAAUAUGAUGAAGAAAAAGAACUCUCAUAAGAAACACAAAAGCAGCGUUGGCCCCACUAAAGCCGUGGCUCAGCCCAGGAGGAACAUUGUGGGCUGUCGGAUCCAGCACAUCUGGAAGGAGGGCAGCGGCGCCGCGUCACAGUGGAAGGGCACCGUUUUAGACCAGGUGCCGGUCAACCCUUCGCUCUACCUGAUCAAAUACGACGGCUUCGACUGUGUCUAUGGCCUGGAGCUGCACAAGGAUGAGCGGGUGCAAGGUCUGGAGGUCCUGCCAGACAGACUAGCUUCGACGCGCAUCAGCGACGCUCACCUGGCCGACACCAUGAUCGGUAAAGCAGUGGAGCACAUGUUCGAGACGGAGGACGGCACCAAGAACGAGUGGAGAGGGAUGGUUCUGGCCCGAGCGCCCAUCAUGAACACAUGGUUCUACAUCACGUAUGAGAAAGACCCGGUGCUCUACAUGUACCAGCUGCUGGACGACUAUAAAGACGGAGAUCUGAGGAUCAUGCCGGACUCCAACGACUCUCCCCCAGCGGAGCGAGAGCCCGGAGAGGUGGUGGACAGCCUGGUGGGCAAGCAGGUGGAAUACGCCAAAGAGGACGGCUCUAAACGAACUGGCAUGGUCAUCCAUCAGGUGGAGGCCAAACCCUCCGUCUACUUCAUCAAGUUCGAUGACGACUUUCACAUUUACGUCUAUGACCUGGUGAAAACAUCGUAGGCAGCGGGGAAUAAAACGAGAGGGGGUGAUGGAGUAAUCAUGUGAUCCACACAAACGUUUUUUGCCAAAAGUCCUCUCAAACAUUUCUCGUAACAUCUUUUUGGGGAACGGAACGGUGGAUGUUUCGCUGGAUUACCGCUAGUCAAGUGUCUCUUAUCGUUGUAGGAUUAACGGACAUCACGCUUCCCCCGACAUACACAUCGCUUCAUAUUUCAGAGGUUCGUCUCCAGCAUUUCCCAUUGCUUUCCGUUAUCUCACACACACGCGCUUGCGCACGCAGAGUCGUGUUGGUCACCAGUGACGCGUUCAUCAGUCGGACUGUUACAGCUUCCCAAAUGAUAUCCCAGCUAGUGUUCCUGAGGACCAAAUGAAGCAAACCUCAGGAGCGCAGGAGGUGUUUGUUCUGUCAGAUAAGAGAAACACGAGGGUCCAUGAAGGACGGCGAGCUGAGAGCGUGUGUGUAUGUGUGUGUGUGUGUGUGCUUUAAAGUGCCAGGAGGAGGAGGGCAGGAAAACGUUCCUGUGCUUUACUGUCUUUGGUGUAUCCCUCGUCUGGCGCACACCAGCUCCGCUGUCAAUGGCAUGUUGUGUCAAACCCCAUUUUUUAAUGUAUUUUUGUUUUCUACUUUUAUUUUAUAUCAAUAUAUCUAUAUAUAUGUACAUGUAUCACCACCACGAGAAACGCUAAAGCAGCCUUCAUUAUUUCAAGCACUAAAUUUAGGGGUUUUGUUGUUGUUGUGCUCCCCUAACUUGUUUUUUAGCGAGUUAAAGGGAUAGUUCACGCUAAAAUUUCAAUUUACUCACUAAUUACUCGCCCUCAAGUGGUUCAUUUUAUUUAUCUGUUGAACAUUAAACAAAGCUGAAAACCUGGAACCUUUACUAUGGAAGUCAAUGGUUACCGGUUUUCAGCAUUCUUCAAAAUAUCUUCUUUUGUGUUUAACAGAAAAAAACAAACUCCUAAAGUUUAGAACCAUCAAAGUGAGUAAACGCUGACAGAAUAUUACAUUUCUGGGUGAACUAUCCCCAUUAUUAACGUUUUUGCGAUUAAACCUUAGCUAAUGGGCUACUAAAAGUGCAUUAUCUAGCGCAUUAUGGUGUAGAUAAUGGGUUUAUAGUGUUUUAACUCAAGAUUUUGCCUCGAAAAUCGCACCCCGGCAAGUAUUCAGUGAUGUUACACAAAACGAAUUGCACAAAGUGUUCAAUCACACACACACACGCACACACACACCGGUUAUAAAAGCGCCCAUGCAAUAACGAAGACGAGUAUUCAGGAAUUGAGUUUUGCACCCGUUGUUUUUCUUUAAAUCAGCCUUGGGGAGAUUUCUCUGUCGCUUUGCCUCUCUGCGAGCCUAAAACAUUUGUGCCUCGAUUAUUAUUAUUGACUUUUCUUUUUAUCUCUGUGUGUGUGUGUUUGUCUGAAGGUUUGUGUGUCCCCAUUUACACCCUGUGUGAAGGCCCUGCCGCUGCAUGUGUUUGCAUUACACGUUCAUUUCUGUUUUGAGGUUUCACACACACACACACACACACACACACACACACACGCUUCAGAGUCAUGAAGCUGUCGUUCGCCAGACGCACAAAUCAUAUUUCACCCCAAAAUCUAAUUAUUGUGCUAAUAGUAAUACCUUACUGUAAGAAAUGAAUAUACUAAUUCAGACUUUCUACACGACAUCCAUUUAAACUCUUAUUUCUGGGAAUAAUAAUGGAAGUUUCUUACAUGAGUAACGAGAUGAGGGUUUAAUUGUGUUCAUUGUCUAAAGAAAGGACUACAAGAUAUUAAUGCUUACUUACAAAUGGUGGGAUUAAUUAUCGAAUGGCAAAAAAGCUUUAGUGUAAUGCAACGUAAUACUGUAAUCUCGUCCACGCACUUCUGUUAUAAAUAUUACAGUCAUUGGCAUUAAGGAAAAUAUUGACAAUUAUUUAUUUGACAUUUAAAUAGGAUGUUCAAAUGGAGAUAUUUUAUCUCUAUCGCAAAACUCUACUGUAAUGAAGCAGUUUUAAACUACACACGUUCAUAUUUCAUCCAGAAACCCUUCUUCACCAUCAGCAACUUGCUCAAUCUUUCUGUUUUAUACAUUUAAAUCAGCAUUUUGGACAUUAACGAAACUAUUCUGGAUAUUAUUUUGCUGAAAUGUGCAGUGAUGCAGCAUAUUUCUAAUACACAUCGUCAUAUCUCAUCCAGAAACCUAGAAAAAAAGCCAAUACUUUAACAUAACGCAGCGUAAUCUUCUCCACCUUAUCAGCAUCAAGCUAAAAAUAAUUCAAUCUUCAUUUUUGACAUUAAUGUAAAUAUUCUGUACAUUAUUUCCUCACAUUUUGAGCACGUUUUCCUCAUUCUCUAUUCUCAUUGCCUGGUUUAAGAAUGAAAUAUGAGUGUGUGAGUUUGAAAAAAAGAUUUAAUGUAAUGCAACGUCAACUUUAAUUUACUCCACAUAAUCAGCAUGAAGCUAAAUAUUACUUAUAAAUGAUUAAAUAGCCAUUUUUGACAUUAAGGAAAAUAUUCUGUCAAUUAUUUUCUUCAAAUUUGAGGAUGUUUUCCUCAUUCUAUAACGUAAAACUCUACUGUAAUGCAGUAUUUAACAAACACACACGUUCAUAUCUCAUCCAGAAACCUACAAUCAUCUUCUUCAUUCAAUAAAUAGCUCAAAGAUUAAGAAUGAAAUACGAGUGUGUGAGUUUGAAAAAAACACUUAAUAUAAUGCAACGUCAACUUUAAUUUACUCCACAUAAUCGGCAUUAAGCUAAACCUUAGUUAUAAAUAUUUAAAUAGUCAGUUUUGACAUUAAGGAAAAUAUUGUCUAUUCAUUUUCUUGACAUUUGAGCAGGUUUUCCUCCUUCUCUAAUGUAAAACUCUACUGUAAUGAAGCAGUUUUAAACUACACACGUUCAUAUUUCAUCCAGAAACCCUUCUUCACUAUCAGCAACUUGCUCAAUCUUUCUGUUUUAUAUAUUUAAAUCAGCAUUUUGGACAUUAACGAAACUAUUCUGGAUAUUAUUUUGCUGAAAUGUGCAGUGAUGCAGCAUAUUUCUAAUACACAUCGUCAUAUCUCAUCCAGAAACCUAGAAAAAAAGCCAAUGCUUUAACAUAACGCAGCGUAAUCUUCUCCACCUUAUCAGCAUCAAGCUAAAAAUAUUGAAAUCGUUAUUUUUAACAUUAGUAAAAAUAUUGUCAAUUAUUUUCCUGAUGUUUGAGCACGUUUUCCCUCAUUCUCUAUUGUUUUCCUCAUUCUCUAUUCUCAUUGCCUGGUUUAAGUAUGAAAUAUGAGUGUGUGAGUUUGAAAAAAAGAUUUAAUGUAAUGCAACGUCAACUUUAAUUUACUCCACAUAAUCAGCAUGAAGCUAAAUAUUACUUACAAAUAAUUCAAUUUUAUGUUAACGAAAAUAUUCUGUCAAUUUUAUUGGUAUAAGAGCAGGUUUUCCUCAUUCUCUAAUGUAAAAAUCUACUGUAAUGCUGCAUUUCUCAAACACAUACAUUCACAUUUCAUCCAGAAACCUCGCAAAAACGAUGUAAUGCAACGUAAAGUCUUAGUCUGCAUAAUCGGCGUAAAGCUAAAUCAAAUUUUUCCACAUCCCUUCCACAAAGCUUUUACUGUAGUACAACAUUAAAAUAAUGUAGCUAUGAAGGAUAAAUGCUUUAAAUAUUAGUCUUUUAUUUACAGUAACCUACCAUAAAACAAUAACAAACUAUAUAGAUCAAACCUAAUACAGACAAAUAUAUAUACACACAGAAAUGACCAGAUUUUGGGGUGAAAUGUGACAUUAGCGAUGCCUUUUCGUAAUAAUCACCCGGCGCGGUGCAUAUUUGUGCUCUCCAUUUUUUUUUAUUUUGACCUUAAAACCUUAAUACAGAUGACUUGCUUCUCGUCCCGGGACUCCCGUUCAACGUUUCCCAUCCACCGAGAGAGCAAAGGUCGCUGUUUUUAUUCCCGCCGCAGCUUCAGAUGGACGACGGACGUGUCAAUAUGCAAACGGAUUCCCCUCAGAAAAGACAUCUUCAUGGGAUUGGCCUUUAUUUUUUACAUGUACCUACUGUAGUAUUGUACUGUGUUUCGAUGUCAGGUCGACGUGGGAAAUUAAAAAAAAACAACGACGAAAACUAGACCGUUCCUUUUGCAUGAUAUGAGUAGAGUUGUUAUCGUACGUUAGUGUGACGCAUGUGUACCCGUCUUAUUUUGUUUGUUUUGUUUAUUCGUUUGUUCUUUUCCCGCCCUAAAUGAAAGGUUCUGUUUAUUGUGUUGCUAAUUGUGACGUUUCCGUUCUCCGGUUCUGGUUUUGAAUCCAUUUCGAAGUUAAAAACGACAAAAAAAAUAAAAUAAACGAAAGUAUUUUUUAUUUCUGCUAUGCUCUAUACGAACAAAAUGCACUGGUGUUGUGUGUGUCGUGCCAAUCCAAGGCAGGUGCCAGUGUUAAACAGCAUUUGAGGGAUCAUAUCCUUUUUGACACAGUACCACCGUUCUGCUACAGGACGAGAUUUAUUCGUUUUUACGAAGAGUGCCAUAUUUAACGAAGAAACAGGCCUUAUACGCGAUCGAUCGGGACGAAAUCUAUAAGCGCGUGCAUGACUGACCUAACAUAUCUAAUUCAAUCUUGAAGAAUUAGAGAUGAGUUGCACAGGGCGUAGAGAGGAUUGAACGUAUGGUCCCUUUAAGAUGCUGUUGCUAUUUAAUGACUUUGUAUAAAAACGAAACAAAAAAAGACUCGAAAAGAAUGGAGAAAUGCAGUGCAAUUUGAUGAUUGUUGCAGAUACAUGUAUAGUUUCAUGUUAUUUCACGUGUGAUAAAUGGCUUCUGUUGGACCGAAUCUGUUCUUCUUCUUUUGUUUGUUUUUUUUACAUGUAGAUAGUUCAUUUUAUUUUCAUUUAAGUAUAAACACAUUUUAAAACCUGUUAAUUCAUUGAGUAAUUUUUAUAAUUAUUAUGUAAGUCUAUCCUUAUAAGAUUAAAAAAAGUUAAUGUGAAAAUAUA